AGACGAUGCGCAGGAUGUCGACCGAGAAAUAUCUGAAGUAUAUUGCGCGCGUGCCCAUGAAGUCGGCUUAGCUUGAGCCUGUACUGGCAGCAUUCGACAUCCCCCUCUAUCAAACUCUUGCAAGGUACGGUCCGUCCGUCAGUCAUUCUACUAAGGGCAUCUCGAAAGCAUAUACCCCGGACAACCUGCUACUUACAGAGCCAACAAGCCAGGACAAGAACUAAACAUGCCAUGCCUACAGCGCCCAGAGCACAUGCCCAUACACAAGCCUGCCCUGCCCAACCCAGACAAGAUAGCCAGAGAGCCCAACGGUCGAAAGAAAACCCAAGCACCUAAAACCCAUAGCCGGAUCCUGAGCCCGAGCCCGAGCGAAUUGGCCGUAAGCUACCAGAGCCCGAGCGACUCGUAGCGUUCAGUCAAGACAUACCUUUAGUAUUGGAUUAUAUAGUCUUCGGUCCGAGAAUAAGUCAGCUAGGACUGUCUUUAUAAUGAAGCGUUUUGG